AUGUUUCGAAAUGUUCGAGAUUAUUUCAAAAGUAAUAAUGAUGUAAAUGAGGAAAAUAAAAACGACGUGGGAAGUGUUAAUAACGAUGAGAAUAAUGAAAAUUAUGAUAAAGAAUCCAAUGAUUUUGUUCAGAGAGAUUUUAAUAAUGAUAUAAAUAAUAAAGAUAAAGAUUGUGAGGGAUUCAAUUUGAAUAAAUUAAGUGCUAGUUCUAAUGAUAUUAUACAAGAUGGUAAUAAUAUGAAUGAGAACUUGAUUAAUAGAAAAUUGAAUUCAUAUUCUGAAGAAGCUAAUGAUAAUGAUAAACAUAUAACCCAUGAUGAUAAAAGAAAAAGUUAUUUGAAUAAUAAGGAAGAGAAUUUUGAACAGAUGAAUGAACAUAUGAAGAAAAGAAAAUUAAAUGAUAUGUCAUAUAUUAAUAAUGAAGAAGAUGGAUUUAUGAAUAAAAAAGAUAGUUACAUGGAAAUGAAUGAUAAUGAAAAGGGUUCAACUAAUAUUAGUGCUAAUAAUGAUAAUAAUAAUAAUAAUAAUAAUAAUAAUAAUGAUACAUAUAAUAAUGAUACUCAUAAUAAUGAUACUUUUAAUAAUAAUGAUAAUAGUGAGGAGAAACCCAACUAUUUACAAGAAAAACUAGAACAACUACUUGCUCAAACAAAACGAUAUACAGAAAAAUUAGCUGGACAAAGAUUAAAAAUGAAUGCACAAAUGAAAAGUAGUAAAAAAGGACGCUGUUUAUUAACAGAAAAAGAAGAAGAUUUUAUGUUAUUAAAAGAUGCUAAUGAAGAAGAUGAAGCUAUUAUUUUAAAACAACCAAUGAAUAUUAAUGGAACAAUGAAACCGUAUCAAUUAGAAGGUCUUAAUUGGUUAUAUCAAUUAUAUCGUUUUAAAAUAAAUGGUAUAUUAGCUGAUGAAAUGGGUUUAGGUAAAACAUUACAAACUAUUAGUUUAUUAUGUUAUUUAAGAUUUAAUAAGAAUAUAAAAAAGAAGAGUAUUAUUAUAUGUCCUAGAUCAACCUUAGAUAAUUGGUAUGAAGAAAUAAAGAAGUGGUGUACACCUAUGAAAGCUUUUAAAUAUUAUGGAAAUAAAGAUCAAAGAAAAGAAUUAAAUAGGACUUUAUUACAUUCAGAUUUUGAUGUAUUAUUAACAACGUACGAAAUUGUGAUAAAAGAUAAGAGUGCAUUAUAUGAUAUAGAUUGGUUUUUUUUAGUUAUAGAUGAAGCACAUAGAAUUAAAAAUGAAAAGAGUGUAUUGAGUUCAUCUGUACGUUUCUUAAGAUCUGAAAAUAGAUUAUUGAUAACUGGUACUCCUUUACAUAAUAAUUUAAAAGAAUUAUGGUCUCUUUUAAAUUUUUUGAUGCCUAAAAUCUUUGAUAACUCAGAAGAGUUUGAUAAUUUAUUUAAUAUAUCAAAAAUUAGUACGAAUGAUAAUAAACAAAGUGAAAUAAUAACACAAUUACAUACUAUAUUAAAACCCUUUAUGCUUCGAAGAUUGAAAGUUGAAGUAGAGCAAUCUUUACCACCAAAAAGAGAAAUAUAUAUAUUUGUUGGUAUGUCUAAAUUACAAAAGAAAUUAUAUUCUGAUAUAUUAAGUAAAAAUAUUGAUGUAUUAAAUGCUAUGACUGGUAGUAAAAAUCAAAUGCUUAAUAUUUUAAUGCAGUUAAGAAAAUGUUGUAAUCAUCCCUAUUUAUUUGAUGGUAUUGAAGAACCACCAUAUAUUGAAGGUAAUCAUUUAAUAGAAACCUCUGGAAAAAUGUCCUUAUUAGAUAAAUUAUUACCUAGAUUAAAAAAAGAAAAUUCAAGAGUAUUACUCUUUUCACAAAUGACUAGAUUGUUAGAUAUUAUUGAUGAUUAUUGUAGAUGGAAAAAUUAUCCUUAUUUAAGAAUUGAUGGUUCAACACCAGGAGAUGAAAGACAAAUUCGUAUUAAUCAAUUUAAUGAACCUAAUAGUAAAUAUUUUAUUUUCUUAUUAUCAACAAGAGCUGGUGGUAUUGGUAUUAACCUAACAACUGCUGAUAUAGUUAUUUUAUUUGACUCAGAUUAUAAUCCACAAAUGGAUAUACAAGCUAUGGAUAGGGCUCAUCGUAUCGGCCAAAAAAAAAGAGUUAUUGUCUAUCGAUUUGUUACACAAAACUCUGUGGAAGAGAAAAUUGUAGAAAGAGCUGCAAAGAAGUUAAAAUUAGAUUCUUUAAUUAUUCAAAAAGGGAAAUUAAAUUUAAAUAGUGCUAAGGAAAAUAAUAAACAAGAAUUACAUGAUAUAUUAAAUUUUGGGGCACCUGAGGUUUAUAAGACACAAGAUAUAUCCUCUAUAUCUGAUGAAGAUAUUGAUAUAAUUCUAGCUGAUGCAGAAAAGAGAACAAUUGAAAUUGAAAAAAAAUUAAAAAAUUUAGAAAAUAUUUUUGAUCUAUCUAAUAUAUCAUUAGAUGGUGGUUUGAAUAUGUAUAAUAAUUUAGAAAAGGAACCUUCGGAGGAAUCAACAGAUGAAGAAGAUUCAUCAGGUUCAGGAGACGAAGCUGUAGAUGGUGCAUCUGCAGAUGACGAUGUGGAAGAAAAUGGUGUGAAAAAAAAGAAAAAGAAAAAAAAGAAUAUUAGUAAAAUUAGGAAAACUAUAAAGAAGUUUUUAAAAAAUAAUAAGAAGAAUAUGACCUUUUUAGAUUUAGGAGAAAGAAAAAGUAAAUGGAAAGUAAUUAACACAACAUGUGGUAGAGUAAAUAAAAAAAAAAUGGUACUUCAUGGAUGGCGAGCUGAAGCUAGAGGUGGUCAUGAUUUCCAAUUUUUUAAUGUAGAAAAAUUAGAUGAAUUAGAAAAAAUAGAGGAUAAAUGGAAUAAUUAUAUGAUGAAUCAAGAAAAAAUCAAUGUACUUAUAGAAGCACAAAAUGAAGAGAAGGAUUAUGAAAAAAUUGUAACCUUUAAUGAAUUUUUAGAUAAACAUGCAAAAAAUAUAUAUCAGAUAAUUACUUUGAUCAAUCCAAGUAUAUUUGAUGAAUAUAAGAAUAUAAAAGAGGAAGAAUUAUCAAAAAUUGGAACACAAUCAGAUGUUAAUUCUAAUGAUAAGGAUUAUAAAAAAAGUAGUUUUAUGAGUACUGAUUAUAAUAUGAAAGGUACUUAUAUAAACAAUAUCAACAGCAUAAAUAAUAAUAAUAAUAAUAUAACAACUAGUAUUAGCAGUAUUGAUGAUCAACAAUAUUUUAAGAAGAAAAUUAUGUCCCUUUUUGAAUCAGGAAAAAAAUUACAAAUGAUAAAAUUUAAAGACAGAAAUGUAAAAAAUUGUUAUAUACAAGUAACAAAUUAUAUAAAGAAAAAUUUUCCAGAAAAAGUUGAUAAUAAUAAUAAUAAAAGUACUACUUUGAAGAAUAAAAAAUUAAAGAAAGGAAAACAAACCAAAAAUAUAAAUGUAGAAUGUGAUAUAGCUAGUGUAGAUAUUGAAAAAAUAAAAAUGCAAAAACAAGAAUUGAUGAAACAAGGUUUUUCAAAAUGGAAUAAAGCUGAAUUUAAUAAAUUAAUGAGUGGUUUAAUAAUAUAUGGUACUAAUGAAGUUGAAUAUAUAUAUGAAAAAUAUUUUAGUAAUUCGAAAAAAUCUAUGGAUGAUAUAAAAGCAUAUUUGAGUGUAUUCUUUAGAAAAUACGACCAAAUUAAGGGGGGUAUAAGGCUUUUUGAUAAAAUUAGAAGAUCAGAUCUACAGAAAAAAAUUAUAGAAGAGGAAAACAAUAUGAUUACCGAAUUUGUUGAGAAACAACUCUCAGAAGGAGUUGAUAGUAUAGAAAAAUUACAACUACCGUCAAAUUUAAGGUAUGAUUUUAUUGAAAAGAGGGAAGUAUUAAAUAUAACAGAAGAGGUGAAAACUGAAAACGAAACAAAUGUUUUAAAGGAUGAAGAAAUAGCUUAUUAUAAUAGAGAAAAUAAAAUAUUGUUGUGGUUAUUAUAUCAGCAAGGAGUGGUUCACAUUAAAAAUAUACACAUUUUGACCCCCUAUUAUUGGCCAGAGGCUUAUAACUUUUUUAAGUAUGCAACGACCCCAUUCGAAAAUGUUGAAUAUCGAUGUAGGUUAAUAGUUGAUGCUAUUGCCGAAUUAUACGCAAAAAAGGAAUCCAUUCCCUUAAAUAAUAAAGAUAAAAGAAGAAUUUGA